AUGUUUUCGGUUGUAGACGAAAAUGCUUGCCCUACAGGAUUCUUCUGCCAAUUUUCAGCCAAACUUACACAGUUCCAGUGCUGCGGUCAAAGUGGAGGUUGCCCAGCUCGUCGAGCGGCAUUUAUAGCUAUCGAUGGUAACGCUCAGGAAUGUAUUCCUGGACCAGAUAUGUGUGCAGAUGGUUUUGAAUGUGUUCGUAGUGCUUAUAUUGGAAAGAAUAUCUGCUGUAGCAAGGAGGACAAUGAAUGUGGCGAGAAUGAAAAGAUGAUCGAUGGACGAUGUGUGCUUCUGAUAAAAGUUGGAGACGCCUGCAAUAAAAAUGAAGAAUGUGGAGGUGGAAGCAAGUGCACUAACGGUUCCUGCACGUGUGCUUCUGGUGAAAACGUCGUGAACGGUGAAUGCAUAGCGCAGACUUGCGAGCCUAACCAGAUCAUACUUAAUGAAGCGACAAAAUCGCGUCCCAAAAAUGCCGAUGUGUGCCCACUGCCAUCAGAACAGGUAUACUAUGAGGAAGAGACCAGCAAAAUGCGUUACUGUAGUCAGAUCUCAAACGACUGCCCAAAAGACUAUAGCUGCCAAUAUAGUGAAGUGGUGAAACAAAACGUGUGCUGCGGAGCAGGAGAUAAGAUUGAAGAAGAAGAUCAAAAACCUAAGUCCACCAAAACACGAGGAAGUGCAAGUUCUAAUUCAAGUCACUGUCCUUCUACCAUGACACCUUAUCUACUGAAUGGCAAGCCCAAGUCGUGCUCGUCCAGCACAUGCCCUUACGGUUUUGAAUGCAAAUUUUCAUCAGCAAAUAAGGAUUACUUCUGUUGCUCAAAAGUAUGGAAAAGGAACAAUCACUUGAAAAAAGGUUUGAGAUUUGAAAGCUUUCUUAAGGGAUAACA